CGAAAAACAAGGAUUGUGAAGAAUGAUGGAUAAAAUGAAGGACGGGUCAGAUGAAAAGAGGAUAAAUUUAAAAAAAAAAAGCAAUGAUAAAAACCUUGAGGAUAAAGAGGAGACACGGACAUGGGGAGAGAUGUAUUGGAAAAACUGGAGGAGGAAGGAAGGACGAGGAGGACGAGCAGGACGAGCAGGAGGAGCUUGUAUUGGGAAGUCAACACGUAUUUAGAAGUUCCGUUCCUUGCUUGCAGAAUCGAUCACCAGUCGCCCGUCAUUCCAUCAGCUGGGCUCAGGUGUCAGUGACAGAAUUAAAUCUGCGCGUGCCCUUGAUCUAGGUGGGUGAUGCUAAUCUGCGGCCGGGAAUUUACUCUGGGGAGUCAUGCACAUAAAUAGUUAAUUUUGUUAAGAAAUAUAAUGAUUAAUCAUACAGAGCACUAAUACUAUUAACUCGUGGUUCAGUCAUUUCAUAGUAUACUAUAUUUACGAGCGUGCUUGGUUUAGGGAAUCGAGGAGGAGUGAUAGGGAAGUCAACAUUUCCACGUUACAGAUCGCCAAAAGCGAACAGUCCGUUCACCCGUCCGGGGAGUCUUGACCAUCUGUUGAUAAACAAACUAUGCUAACAGCAUGUGCGUUUAGUUACUGACCACUGCGUGAAUGACCUCUGUCCAAGCUUCCGAAUGUCUGUAUUAGAGUGUAGCUAAAGAUAAUUGUACAGCACUCAACCACAGGCCCGCCCGAAAACUGGAGGAUUUUUUAACAGUUGCAUUUAUUAUUCAACAUGUUUUCUUCUGUUCAAACUCGGUCCAAUAUGGGAUAGUCAAGAAUGGACAAUCCUGCCGUAACUCUUGCAUGGCUAACCGUCCUUCUUGUCAACGUCUACUCACAAAAUGCCCAAAAGGCGGCGCCAGUAUACGUUGGGGGAACCAGAAGAGGGAAUUACUCCUCACUUAGCAAGUACAACAGAACCAAACUGGACAUACGAAAAAUUAGGCAGCAAUAUCCACGUGGACCAAUACACAGGAGUGCCAAUAAAAACGUUUCAAUUGAAUGGGAUUAUACAGAUUUUAGUAUACAGUUCAAUAGCAUUCGCGGCCCCGCCUUCAAACUCAGGAGAGCGCCUCGUGCCACAUGCGGAGAACCUUGGCCCUUACCCCAGCAUUACAAGGCUAAUAAAGACAAAGUGUAUCGAAUAGAACAGCAUUCAUUUAGUAUAAAAACAGAAAAUUCUACGUGUGUUAUUUUAGAAAAGGCUAUACAACGUUAUAAAGAUGCCAUUUUUAAAUAUGCUUCCGAAGAGUUCUACGACAAUUUGAAAUACUUGAAAAAUGGUGGAUUUGAUAAGGAAAUAUUAAAUAUGAGAAAAAUUCAUGAAGAUGCUUCACCUAUUUCCUGGAUGUCAGUGGUGCUAAAAAACUCAUGCUCGAAUUAUCUGCACGAAUCUUCUGACGAAGGAUAUUCACUAUUGGUGAAACCAUCUGGGAUCUUCCUGAUCGCGAACGAGGUGUGGGGUGCCUUGAGGGGACUCGAGACUUUCAGCCAAAUAUUAUAUAAACGGCAGAAUAAGUUUUAUAUAAAAGAUACAGUGAUAGAAGACUUUCCGAGAUUUUCCCAUCGAGGCAUCCUGAUUGACUCAUCAAGGCAUUUUAUUAAAAAGAGCAUCAUAUAUGACGUCAUCGAAGGCAUGGUACAGAAUAAGAUGAACGUUCUACACUGGCACCUGGUGGAUGACCAGUCAUUUCCGUACGUGAGCCGGACUUUCCCGAAUCUCUCCGACAAGGGCGCCUACCAUCCGUCGCUUGUGUACCGACCCCAGGAUAUUGCCGACAUCAUCGAAUACGCCCGGAUACGAGCCGUCAGGGUCAUCCCUGAGUUUGAUACUCCUGGUCACACGUUUUCCUGGGGGUUUGGUCACCCGGAAAUCCUCGCCCAGUGCUACAUGAACUACAGACCAGUCCCGGGCUAUCUAGGGCCCAUGGACCCCAGUAAAAACUACACGUUCGACUUCCUCAAUAAACUAUUCCGUGAAAUAUUUGACGUAUUUAAUGAUCGCUUCGUUCAUCUAGGAGGAGACGAAGUGCCUUUAAACUGCUGGACUUCCAACCCGGACGUAAAACAUUUCCUUUCCAUGUUGGACGAUCACUGGAAUACCUCCUUCAAGAUGAAAGAUCCGAUGGUCAAAGUGUGGAACUAUUUUAUAAACAGGUUUACCGACAACCUUAAAAAUAUCUCUCGGGAACAAGGCCGGGAAAAACGCUUCAUUAUGUGGGAGGAGGCCAUGCGAAAUAAAUUGAAAAUUCCAAAAGACACGAUUAUCCAGAUUUGGUUGGGCAGUAUACGGGAAGUCCAACAGGCCAUAGAUCGAGGUCAUCAAGUUAUCUACAGCACGUGUUGGUACCUGGACUGGGUUGACCACGGUGUUCAUUGGCCAAAGUACUACCGAUGUGAUCCCAACCCAAUCCGAACAGGUAAAGAGGCUAGAGAACAGAUGAUACUGGGAGGAGAGGCCUGUCUAUGGAGCGAGUACAUCACCAACGAAAACGUCAUCAGUCUGUUGUGGCCGAGAGCGUCCGCUGUGGCGGAGAGACUAUGGAGCAGCAGGAGUGUAACUGACGUACUAGCGGCGUCCAGACGUCUACAGGAACACAGGUGUCGCAUGCUCAGGCGUGGACUGUCUGUGGGGUAUAUCAGUGGCCCCGAUUACUGUGUGCCCCCUUCGGGUCCGGAGGAGAACGAGACAAACCUUGGGAAAUCGGGGCCCGUCACUGACUCUCCAGGAAACCAUAUCCACGCCCUCCGACUCCACUCAAAGCCGGUCCUGUGGAUUAGCUGUAAUAAUGAGCUGGAGACCGCCAGUUUAUUGAUAUCCUUGUUCGGCGUUCUUUUGGUGCUAAUGAUGUUUGGGGUUCGUCGAAGUCUGUUUCGGCUAACCUAAACGUUGUUGAAUUUAUAUUAUUAAAAGAUUUGUCAACAUUCGUAAAUAUAAAACUAUUAAAUUUUAUAAAUA